AUGACAGAGACGACCGACCUUCUGUCAUCUUCUUCACCAUCCGUAAGUGAUACAACUUCAAAUCAUAUUCCAACUAGUUUAGAGCCCAAGAAACAGGUUACAAAAGACCAAAGUGCCAAGCUUGUAAUUUUAUCUGUUAAUGACGUGUAUGAUUUGGUUCCAAAUGAUCACGGACAUGGGGGUAUUGCAGAAUUUGCAACACUGUUAGAGCAACAUAAAGCAACAGUACCACAGGAUGUGACCCUAUUAGUCACACUGAACGGAGACUUUUUGUCUGGUUCGGAAAUAGCCGAACGUUUUAAAGGAGAACACAUCAUUGAGUUAAUGAAUCAUCUGAAUAUUGAUUACGUCGUACUGGGCAAUCACGAAUUUGAUUUUGGCACUGAUGAACUCAAAGCACGCAUGCGAAACUCGUCUGCGAAAUGGUUUGGAUCCAAUGUGCUUGAUUCGACAUCAGGUGCACUAUUUGAAGGUGUCGUGGAUACAGAAAUUGUUGAUCUGAAAGACGGACUUAAGUUAGGAGUAUUUGGUGUUUGCACGGAGGAAACCCCGACGUUGUCGUUUCCGGGUGAUAGCGUCGAGUUUGAGAAUAUUUUUUCCACCUCUCGGCGGUGUGUUGACGCUUUAAAAGCUAAAGGAGCAGACUUCAUCCUGGCACUUACACAUUUGUCGAUUACGCAGGAUAAAAGACUUGCUCGCCAAGUACCUGGCAUCGAUUUGGUGCUUGGUGGACAUGACCACGACCCGUUUACAAUGUACGAAGGCAAUACAUUCAUUCACAAAUCAGGACAGAACGCUCUUUGGUUGGCAAAGCUCGAGUUUGAAUUGAAGCGGUCAGCGAAAUAUCCCGAACGUGGACUUGUCGUCUUGCCGCAAUGGAGUAUGAUUGCAAACGCAUACCAGCCACCGCAGCCGGCGUGCCAGCAAAUUCUUUACAAAUACAUGCGCCAAAUGGAAAGUGAAAAUGAUCCGGGAAAGAAUGACUGUGUAUUGGCUACCUUGGCAACUUCAUUGUCAACGCGAACAGCACUUUUGCGAGCUGGAGAAAGCAAUGGAGGUAACAUGGUCGCAGAUGCUUUACGCAGUGAAUUAUUCGCUGAUGUGGGUUUUAUCAAUGGAGGCUUUAUCCGAGGAGACAAGGAGUAUUCCGCUAAGUCUAACAUCACAGUCGGCAUUUUGAAGCACGAGAUGCCGUUUCCGCGGCCUGCUGUUCUUGUGCGAAUUCAAGCUAGCGACCUACGUGACGCGUUGAUUCAGCAUUUGUGCAAAUACCCGCAGCAGAGCGGCUCGCACCCUCAUGUGUCUGGACUACGCUUGACCAUCGACAUGCAUUCAGACCCCCCAGCGAUUACUAAAAUGGUAGACGUCAAUGGCAGGCCGGUGGACAUGAAAAUGGAGCUCCUCGUGGCCACGUCCAAGUUUGUUGCUAGUGGCGGCGAUGGCUGCACAUCAUGGCUAAAGGGAGAUAUUCUACGUGAGGCUGCUAAAGUUCCUGAAGUCGUGGCCGACUUCAUGAUGAAAAAGCGGCUGCUGGCCUAUCCGGAGCACGAAGGUCGCAUCACAAUUUUCGAGUGA